ACUGAGGAGAGGACAGCAGGGCCACCAUCUGUCCUCACAACCACUUUCAACAUCCAGGGCCCGGCUCUCUCCUAAACCAACAUGGAAAUGAUGAACUUAUGGUAUAAAGGCAAACCACCCCAGCGAUCUGUCACUCCCACUGCCAUCAUGCUGGCCUCAGGGCUCCUUCUGGUGGCUUUGCUCACCUGCCUGACAAUAAUGGUCUUGAUGUCUGCCUGGAGGCAGAGGAAGCUCUGGGGGAAGCUCCCUCCAGGACCCACCCCAUUGCCCUUCAUCGGGAAUUACCUGCAGCUGAACACACAGCAAAUGUACAACUCUCUCAUGAAGAUCAGCGAGCGCUAUGGCCCCGUGUUCACGGUCCACCUGGGGCCGCGGCGCAUUGUGGUGCUGUGUGGACACGAGGCCGUGAAGGAGGCGCUGGUGGACCAGGCUGAGGAAUUCAGUGGGCGAGGCGGGCAGGCCACCUUCGACUGGCUCUUCAAAGGCUAUGGUGUGGCAUUCAGCAAUGGCGAACGAGCCAAGCAGCUCCGGCGCUUCUCCAUCACCACGCUGCGGGACUUUGGUGUGGGCAAGCGCGGCAUCGAGGAGCGCAUCCAGGAGGAAGUGGGCUUCCUCAUCGAGGCCCUCCGGGACACGCAUGGCGCCUUCAUUGAUCCCACCUUCUUCCUGAGCCGGACAGUGUCCAAUGUUAUCAGCUCCAUUGUCUUUGGGGACCGCUUUGACUAUGAGAACAAAGAGUUCCUGUCACUGCUGCGUAUGAUGCUGGGAAGCUUCCAGUUCACAGCUACAUCUAUGGGCCAGCUCUAUGAGAUGUUUUAUUCAGUGAUGAAAUACCUGCCAGGACCACAGCAACAGGCAUUUAAGGAUCUGAAAGGUCUGGAGGACUUCAUAGCCAAGAAGGUGGAGCAGAACCAACGCACGCUAGAUCCCAACUCCCCGCGGGACUUCAUCGACUCCUUCCUCAUCCGCAUGCAGGAGGAGCAGAACAACCCCGACACAGAGUUCUACUUGAAGAACCUGGUGCUGACCACACUGAACCUCUUCUUUGCGGGCACUGAGACAGUCAGCACGACCCUGCGGUAUGGCUUCCUGCUGCUCAUGAAGCACCCAGAUGUGGAGGCCAAAAUCCAUGAGGAGAUUGACCAGGUGAUUGGCAAGAACCGGCAGCCCAAGUUUGAGGACAGGGCCAAGAUGCCCUACACAGAGGCGGUGAUCCAUGAGAUCCAAAGAUUUGGAGACAUGAUCCCCAUGGGAGUGGCCCGCAGAGUCACCAAGGACACCAAGUUUCGGGAGUUCUUCCUCCCCAAGGGCACUGAAGUGUUCCCUAUGCUGGGCUCUGUGCUGAGAGACCCCAAGUUCUUUUCCCACCCCCGAGACUUCCACCCCCAGCACUUCCUGGAUGAGAAGGGCCAGUUUAAGAAGAGUGAUGCUUUUGUGCCCUUCUCCAUCGGUAAGAGACCCGGGUCUGCUUGCUGCUAAGCCACUGCUCCCACCAACCGGGCCUCCUUCAUCCCACAUCCCGUCUCUAAGCUGUAGCCUGGGGUCUGUCUCCAGCUUGAAAGUCCCUCUAAGAUCUACUCUAGAGCCAACCAGCUGCAAACCCCAUGACUACCAAGUACCUGUGUCCAGGCAACUGGAAAGGGAUGA